GUGUCUUGACUGUUUUAAGGAAGCUUAAGAACCUGAGAGGAAACUGAGCUGUAGUUCUCCUUCAGACCCUCAGCAAAAACAUGCCUGAAGCUGAUCUAACCUACGCUGAUGUGAAUUUCACACGACCAACAUCUAGAGAUGUUGUUGCAUCAGAUGACGUCACUUACUCUGAGGUGAAGAUCUCAAACAAACAGCAACCAGCCUGUGCAAAUUGUUCAGCAAAUAUCCAACAAUCUGGGACCAUCAGGAGGUCAAAGGUCGACUCGGUGCGGGUGGUUCUGCUGGUUCUCGUUUCUCUGUUGGUUGCUGGUCUCAUCGCUUUUGGACUCACCUGGUUCGAUAUGAAUAAAAAGCUCCAAACAUUGAAAGACGAGAAGGAAGCUCUGAGGAGAAACUUCUCAGAAAUACAACUUGGAAAUAAAACUUGUCUACCUACAUGUGAUCAAACAUCUACAUGUCCUACAACCCCGAAAGACAAAAAUGAAAUGUGUCUGAAUAACAGACCAGAAUGGGAGAGAUAUCAAGGAAAGUGUUAUAAGUUCAAUACCAGGAAGUCCUCCUGGACUGAGAGCAGAGAUUCCUGCAGAGCUCAGGGAGGAGACCUGGUGAAGAUAGACAGCAGAGAUGAGCAGAUAUUCCUGGAGAUCAGACUGAGAGACUGGAUGGAGAAAGAUGAGGACAAGUUCUGGAUCGGACUGACAGACUCAGAGGAAGAAGACAGAUGGUUGUGGGUGGAUGGAUCACCUCUGGAUGAAAGUUUGACGUUUUGGAGUAAAGGUGAACCUGAUGACUGGACAGGUGAGAAUCCAGCUGGAGAAGACUGUGUGAGGAUGGGAGAGAAAGGAGGAGCUGAUGAUCUGAAGUGUUGGUUUGAUCAAUCCUGUGAUGCUCAUCACAAAAGUAUCUGUGAGAAAUCAACUAAGACCAUCUGUCUGUAAAUGAAGUUCAGUUCAGUCUAUAAAACAGUCUCCCCUCCAGAUGUGUUAAAGAUCAAAUUCUCCACUUUUAGUUUCAUUUCUAUCUGCUUUACUUGUUUCUGAUCUUUGGAUUUUCACUGGAACAGCAGGAGAACACCAAGAGAACAAAUCAGAAGCUCUGAGUUACAAACAGGAACCUGAUCUGGAAGAACCUGCAGCAGAACAUGUCUGUCAGAGUUUUACAGAUUAUUUAUUCCUGCUUCAGAUCUACAGGAGAACAGUUCAUAUCUUCCUCCCUGUUUCCAGCUGGAAGGACAAACUGAGGUUCUAACAGGUUUGGAUCCUGCAUGAGAAACAGAACAGCUUCUCCUCUGGUUUCACUGCUUUAGCUUCCUGGUUAACAGAGUUUAGAGAAAUCCUCCUUAAAAACAGUUUAAAUUGAAUCAGUUCAUGUUCACAGUUCACUUUAAUUUGGAACUAAAGUCAAAGUCCCAACAGGAAGUAGUUCCUGUUCAUUCCUCCAUUCAUCUAUAACAUAAAGUCACAUUAUAAAAUAUGUAGGUGAUGAUGUCAUAUGGAUCAUGCUAACUGCAGCAUGACAUGUAUGUACUUCUGCAGCAUUUGCAACAUGGCCUCUGAUAGCUCAGGUUUUCAUCUCCAUGUAGAAAAAUAAAGAUCAGAUCCACCAUCAGAGCUCUAGCAUUCAUGUUCUCAGCUUAAAGCACAGCAGCUGUUGAUGUAACUGUCAGGAUUAUGAAUAAAGUUUUAUGAAAUGAAA